AUGAGGGAAGUUCUUUCGCUGCACGUUGGUCAGGCCGGUAUCCAGAUCGGUAACGCUUGCUGGGAGCUCUAUCUCCAGGAGCACGGUCUUACUCCUGACGGUCGUAUCACCGACGAGAGCAAGUCCAAGAACGACGAUGGUUUCUCGACCUUUUUCAGCGAGACGGGCCGUGGCAAGUACGUCCCCCGCUCGAUCUACGUUGAUCUUGAGCCCAAUGUGGUGGAUGACGUGCGCAACGGCCCCUUCCGUGACCUGUUCCACCCCGAGACGCUCGUGACCGGCAAGGAGGACGCGGCGAACAACUACGCGCGUGGCCACUACACCAUCGGUAAGGAGCUUAUCGACCAGACCAUGGACCGCGUGCGCAAGCUCGCCGAUGCCUGCUCUGGUCUCCAGGGCUUCUUUGUCUUCCACUCGUUCGGUGGUGGCACGGGUUCCGGUUUCGGUUCGCUGCUUCUCGAGCGCCUGGCGCAGGACUACGGCAAGAAGGCCAAGCUCGAGUUCUCCGUGUACCCCGCUCCUAUGAUGAGCAGCUCGGUGGUGGAGCCGUACAACUCGGUGCUCACCACGCACACCACGCUCGAGAACUCGGACUGCUCGUUCAUGGUGGACAACGAGGCGAUCUACGAUAUCUGCAAGCGCAACCUCGGUAUCAGCGCCCCCAGCUACACGAACCUGAACCGUCUCAUUGCCCAGGUGGUCUCGUCGAUCACCGCUUCGUUGCGCUUUGACGGUUCGCUGAACGUGGACCUGAACGAGUUCCAGACCAACCUGGUGCCCUACCCCCGUAUCCACUUCCCCCUGGCCACCUACGCCCCGAUCAUCUCGGCGGACAAGGCGUUCCACGAGCAGAACAGCGUCGCAGAGAUGACCACCUCGUCCUUCGAGAAGGGCAACCAGAUGGUCAAGUGCGACCCCCGCGACGGCAAGUUUAUGGCGUGCUGUCUGCUGUACCGCGGCGACGUCGUCCCCAAGGACGUCAACUCGGCGGUGAGCCUGAUCAAGACCAAGCGCACCAUCCAGUUUGUCGACUGGUGCCCGACCGGUUUCAAGAUUGGUAUCUGCAACGAGCCCCCGGCGCUCGUGCCCGGCGGCGACCUCGCCAAGGUCUCGCGCUCGCUCUGCAUGCUUGCCAACACUACGGCCAUCGCCACCGCGUGGCAGCGCCUCGACCGCAAGUUCGACUUGCUCUACUCGAAGCGCGCCUUUGUCCACUGGUACGUCGGCGAGGGUAUGGAGGAGGGCGAGUUCAGCGAGGCCCGCGAGGACCUCGCUGCCCUCGAGAAAGACUACGAAGAGGUGGGCGAGGACACGGCCUACGCGGACGAAGAGGGUCUCGAUGCGGAAGAGUAUUAG